AUGGACCCGCCUAUCGACCCGGUCCUCCUCGCCCUCAGCCCGCCUCGAGUAGGUCAAACCCAGCGUCGCCGAUCCCGCUCUACAUCGGCGAGGAAGAGCAGCCUGGGUGACGUGCAGGUCGGAGACGGGGACGAGUCGAUGGACGAGCUGGGCGGGGACGACGAGUUGUACCAGGAUUCGGGAAGCGAUGCGGACGCGGACGGCGAUAUCUUCGUCGAGGACGACACAGGCGCACCGGCGACGACGAAUGGGAAGGGCGCGAAGAAGAAGAAGCCUUCGCUAUCGUCGGGCAAGAAGGCGAGCGGGCUGAGCAAGCAGGCGAAGCGGUUGAAGGAGGCGAUGGGUUCGAAGGGCGCGGGCACGACGCAUAUCGGCCAGAAGGGGCCUGCAGGACUGCCGACGAGCUGCGAAAACUGCCGCUCUCGCAAAAUCAAGUGUUCGCGACACGCCAACUGUACCUCAUGCCAGCUACGCGGCGAGACUUGCGUUUGGCGAGCCGAACCCCCGAUCAAAAUCGCGGAAUGGGCUUCUGCUCAAGGCGUGAUCAACGCCAACCACGCCGAAUGCGACCGCCUCCGCCGGAUUAUCCAAGCCCUCUCAGCCCGCUACUCCGCUCGCGAAUUGAUUGCUUCCGUCCGCGAAGGCCGCGAACCGCGCAAUCCACCUACUCUCGUUGACGUCCCACUCCGGUCCAGGGCAAGGCAGCAGGGUGGGAAGAAGAAGGCGAGCCCGCUUGAAGGCGCGGCAGGGUUGCUUGCGCUUGCGCUUCCUCACGGUUUCGACAGUUCGGCUCUCGACGAUGUGCAAGUCGAUGGGGACUACCAAUUGCCGAUUCCGCCAGUCCAGCCUACUGGCUCGUCGCCAUUCAAGCUCCCUGUCCCACCGCAACCUACCGAGGGCGUCUCUUCGAACGAGUUGCUCGACGCGUUAUCCGCCGUAGCGACCAACGAAGCCGGAGCCAACGCGCAUCCAGCCUCGACGUCUACCUCGAAACCGCCUUCUCAGCCGUCUCUCCGCGUUACGAUCCCCUCAGGCCCUUCGUCCGGUCCGCCCUCUCUCCCCUCUGCCCUGCCUUUUUCGCUGCCAGCUCCGUCAACGAAUGGUCAUUCGCGCUCCGCGACGGAAGGCGCACAGACUCGCCCAGCUUCUCCCACUCCCGAUGCGACCUUCACGACCUCUCGUCCUCCCGCCGCACCACCCGCGCAGCCGCCCUAUCCCUCCUACCCGACCUUCCUCAGUCAGCCGUCUCGCGCUCCGCCACCUCUUCCCAGCUUUCCCACCCGUGCCCCUCCUCCAACUUUCUUCUACCCCGUCCUCCCCUCCCCUCUCAUGUCCCCUCGCUCCAUCGCCUCCCUCGCGCAUACCCGUCAUUCCGCAUUAGUGAGCCAGCGUGAUCCGGGGAACAGGCUUUUGAGGAGGAUAGGGCACGAGGAGAGGUUUGAUCGGGCGAUGGAGAGCGAGAGGGUGAGGGCGAGGAAGGAGGAGGUUGGGAGGGAGAAGGGGGUGGUGGGGGGAGAGCAGAGUGUGAAUGGUGUGGACGGGAACGCGGAGGGCGAGAAGAAGCAGGACCAGCCCGGUACGAACGGCACGCCCGCCUCUCCCAAAGACCAGCAACGCCAACUCGCGCAACAAGCUGCACUCGCCUGGGCAGCUUCGAACGGUAUCGCUCCCGCCUCGACGAACAUCACCUCACACCCGACCGACCCUCCCGCUGCCUCGAGUUCGCCCAGCUCUUCCGCCGCAGCCUACGCCGCCGUUGAGCCGUACCGCCCUCUCGCACGAGAUGUCGACCCUCCUCUCGUCGAUCCUGGCCAGCGCCGUCGGUCGAGCUGGCUCGUCAGUCCCGUCAGCGGUACCUCAACAGGCGGCUUUGCGCUCCUCACGACCGGCAGGCCGGUUCUAAGCGUCGAUGCAGCAGGCGCGACCGCCUCAGCCGGUGCAGGUGGUUCGUCCAUCUCGGCUUUGUUCCGCACGCCUAGUGCAUUGACGAGCGCCUCGUCAAGCGGCUUGUUCGGCCGCAUCUCGCUCUCGCCUAUGCGGAGUGCGUUCCCUCACAGCGCGAUCGAAGAGGGUUUGAGGCCUUUCAGUUCGAUCCGUAUGCCGGGCGACGAAGGGGAGGGGGACGAGCGGUUCGAGCCGCGCAUCGAAGGUGCGGAUGAGUGGGCGAGGUUUGAGCCCAGGCAGGAGAGGGAGGGGGAGAGGGAGGUUGCGGCGCGUGCGGAGGCGAGGACGGUUAUGGAGGAGGAGGAGGAGGAGGAGGAGAUGGAGACGGAGGACGGGAAGAGCAGUGUGGGCGUCAAGAGCGGGAGGAGCACGAAGGGCGACGACGAGGCUGGGUCGGGCGAGUCCGACGGCGACGAGUGA